UCACACACGUGUGCGCUCCUCCGCUCCGGAGCUGCUGCUGCUCCUGCUCUCAGCGCCGCAGUGGAAGGCAGGGCCGGACCGCUCCUUCUCUAAAUAUAUAAAUUACAGCCCGGGCCAGCCUCGGCGGCCCCCCUUCCAGCGCUCCCGGCGCCCCUCCCGUCAGUUCGCCGGCUGCCAGCCCCGGGACCUUUUCAUCUCUUCCCUUUUGGCCGGAGGAGCCGAGUUCAGAUCCGCCACUCCGCACCCGAAACUGACACACUGAACUCCGUUUCCUCCUCUUAAAUUUAUUUCUGCCUACUAGCCACUCGUCUCUUUUUUUCCCCCCAUCUCGUCGCUCCAAGAAAACUUUUUCUUACUCCCCAAAGUUAAGGUUCCCCCUGCCCAUCGUGUGUUAAUAUUUCCACUUUUGGAACGACUUGCAUUUUCUUUUUAAAGGAAUUCAAGCAAGAUACCUUUUUCUAUUGGACAUUGACUCUCAAGACUGUUUGCAAAAGUUUCGCAUUAAAAAAAAAAUCUACCUGAUCUGUACUUUGUUAUUGGUUUCCUUUUUUUCUUACUUUUUUACCUUUUUUGUUUUUAUUUUUAUUUUUUUUUUAACUUUUUCCACCUUUAAAAAAAUGCACUACUGUGUGCUGAGCGCUUUUCUGCUCCUGCAUCUGGUCACGGUGGCGCUCAGCCUGUCUACCUGCAGCACGCUCGAUAUGGACCAGUUCACGCGCAAGAGGAUCGAGGCCAUCCGCGGGCAGAUCCUGAGCAAGCUGAAGCUCACCAGCCCCCCAGAAGACUAUCCUGAACCCGAGGAAGUCCCCCCGGAGGUGAUUUCCAUCUACAACAGCACCAGGGACUUGCUCCAGGAGAAGGCGAGCCGGAGGGCGGCCGCCUGCGAGCGCGAGAGGAGCGACGAGGAGUACUAUGCCAAGGAGGUUUACAAAAUAGACAUGCCGCCCUUCUUCCCCUCCGAAACUGUCUGCCCAGUUGUUACAACACCUUCUGGCUCAGUGGGCAGCUUGUGUUCCAGACAGUCCCAGGUGCUUUGUGGGUACCUUGAUGCCAUCCCGCCCACUUUCUACAGACCCUACUUCAGAAUUGUCCGAUUUGAUGUCUCAGCGAUGGAGAAGAAUGCUUCCAAUUUGGUGAAAGCAGAGUUCAGAGUCUUUCGUUUACAGAACCCAAAAGCCAGAGUGCCUGAACAACGGAUUGAAUUAUACCAGAUUCUCAAAUCCAAAGAUUUAACAUCUCCAACCCAGCGCUACAUCGACAGCAAAGUUGUGAAAACAAGAGCAGAAGGCGAAUGGCUAUCCUUUGACGUAACUGAUGCUGUUCAUGAAUGGCUCCAUCAUAAAGACAGGAACCUGGGAUUUAAAAUAAGUUUACACUGUCCAUGCUGCACCUUUGUACCAUCUAAUAAUUACAUCAUCCCCAAUAAAAGUGAAGAACUAGAAGCAAGAUUCGCAGGUAUUGAUGGCACCUCCACAUAUACCAGUGGUGAUCAGAAAACUAUAAAGUCCACUAGGAAAAAAAACAGUGGGAAGACCCCACAUCUCCUGCUAAUGUUGUUGCCCUCCUACAGACUUGAGUCACAACAGUCCAACCGGCGGAAGAAGCGAGCUCUGGAUGCAGCCUAUUGCUUUAGAAAUGUGCAGGAUAAUUGCUGCCUACGUCCACUUUACAUUGAUUUCAAGAGGGAUCUUGGGUGGAAAUGGAUACAUGAACCUAAAGGGUACAAUGCUAAUUUCUGUGCUGGAGCAUGCCCGUAUUUAUGGAGUUCUGACACUCAGCACAGCAGGGUUCUCAGCUUAUAUAAUACCAUAAAUCCAGAGGCAUCUGCUUCUCCUUGCUGUGUGUCCCAGGACUUAGAACCGCUAACCAUUCUCUACUAUAUCGGCAAAACACCCAAGAUCGAACAGCUUUCUAAUAUGAUUGUCAAGUCUUGCAAAUGCAGCUAAGAUCCUUGGAAAAGUGGCCAGAGGAUAAUCCCGCGGUGAUGAUGAUGAUGAUGACAACGACAAUGCCUGUAACAAGAAAACAUGAGAGAGCCUUGCUUCAUCAGUGUUAAAAAAAAUUUUGAAAAGCGGUACUAGUUCAAACACUUUGGAAGUUUGUGUUCUGUUCGUUAAAACUGGCAUCUGAAACAAGAAAAGUUGAAGGCUUUAUUCUACAUUUCACCUACUCUGUAAGUGAGAGAGACAAGAAGUAAAACCUUUUUUUUUUUAAGAAAAAAAAUAAACACUGGAAGAAUUUGUUGGUGUUAAUUAUGUGAAAGAAAAAAAAAAAAAACAGGAAAAUCCCGUUAAGUGGAGUUGCUGUACAUACUGUUCCUAUCCCGUGCCUCACCUGAUUUUUCUGUAUUGCUAUGCAAUAGCUGCCCUCUUCAUUCUUACUCCUAGAGUUAACAGUGAGUUAUUUAUUGUGUGUUACUAUAUAAUGAACAUUUCAUUGCCCUUGGAAAAUAAAACAGGUGUAUAAAGUGGAGACCAAAUACUUUGCCAGAAACUCAUGGAUGGGUUUAAGGAACUUGAACUCAAACGAGCCAGAAAAAAAGAGGUCAUAGUCAUAGGAUGAAAAUCCCAGCGAGUUACUAUAUGACCAAGCAAGUCUGCAUUGAGAUAAAGACCCUAAAAAGACCCGCUAUGUACCAGCUGACUAAGGAAGCUUCUUGUAAGGUUCAAAACUGAAAAGCCUGUUAAUAAAGAACACUUUCAGUCAGAA